AUCAUCCUCAAGCGAUUCCAAUACUAACAAAUAGCUUGAACGUCAUCUAGAGCAUGUGCGAAAGAGAAAAUUGCAAUCGUUUAUUUUCGAUAUUAUAUACACAGUUGUACACUGGUGGACUAGUGUUUGUAUUAGAUUUCGCCGUGUAACAAACGAUGGCAUAAGCAUGAGAAAUCAGCGUUAACAGAUUAACUUGUGUGUUGAUAUCAUCUAUACUGCAUAAACACAGUGGAGAGUCACGCCAUCAUCUUUCGGUUGAAAUUUUCACACACUCAAGCACGCACAUACGUAGCUGCAUCACCCGCAUGAAGCAACUUGUGAUGGUGUGUUUGCAUAUUUUACAAUAUUUCCCAACUAGCUAGCAAACUAACGUCACAUUGUAACGAAAUAAGUUCUAAUUUGAUAUGCUGCAGACUAGAGUCGCGCAUAAAGUGUUUAGAAAAUAAUAAAAACAGUUAUCAAGCGUUCAAAUUCCGAAACAAAAUCUAAAGAAUUCAUUAGGUUUGUAGAGGAUAAAAAACAAAAGUGUGAAAAUUGUCCGAAUCGAUUGCAUAGAGAAAUUUUUUUGCGCAUCGAUAAGCAUCUGCCAUCUUUGCAUCAAGCAAUGGUUCGACGCCAUUUUGCUUUGGACACAAAAAUUGUGAAAAUCGAAAAGAAAAAUGUUGCGUAGCAAGCAGAAAGUACAUCCAGCUGCCAAACGCUCGGGAAAAUUCAAUUAUACAAUUUUGGCACUCGAAAAAUUUCGCUGGAAUACCGAUUUCACAUUGAGUUUGACCAUUCACGAUGCACAAUGCAAAUUUGAUGAAGCGAUUCUUGUGCGAGUUUCGAUCGAAGACAACAAAGAUGCGACCAAAUUUCAAAUUCACCGCAAUGUUGCCAUGAAUCCAAACGUAACCGAGGUGGUUUCGAUUCCGGUUGGCAAUGUGCCGGCGCACAGAGGCUACAAAUUGGUGGUGAAGGGCAUUUUGGGAAUUGACAUGGAACACCAAGAACGCCUUCAUCUUCAAACACAAUCUCACAUCAUCUUCAUUCAAACGGACAAAGCCAUUUAUAAACCAAAUGAUUGUGUCAAAUUCAGGGUGCUAGUUUUGGACUGGGAAUUGAAAGCAGCUCCAAUUACGAAGAAUGAACUCAAAAUCGGUAUAACUGAUCCAUGCCAAAAUUUGUUGAAACAAUGGAAUGGCGUCAACAUCGCCAACAACAGUGGCGUUUUUUCUGGUGAAUAUCAAUUGUCAGACCUUCCAAAUCUGGGAUUAUGGAAAAUCACAGUUUCUGUUGGUGAUCAGGUGAAAACCGCUACAAUCAAAGUGGCUGAAUACGUUCUUCCAAAGUUUAAGAUUGAGAUUGAAUCACCGGGUGUCUUCAUGCCGGAAGAUGAAAAGGCACAUGUCGUCGUUCGAGCAUUUUAUACACACGGCAUGCCAAUGAAAGGAACUGUUGACAUUGCGGUUAAGGAAUAUGAUGAUCCAGUAAUGGAGAAAAGUGUCACUAUCAACGGUCAGGAAACGAUUGAAUUUGACAUAAAAAAUGAACUUCAAUUCAACCAUACCCAAGGUUGGAAGUGCUAUAAAAUGGAAGCAAAAGUCACAGAAGAUCUAACUGGUUUAAUCCAAUCAUGUAAGACGAACAUCGAAAUUGAAACUAGCUAUGAUAUUUACACAAAUCUGAAAACCUAUGUGAAGUUAGAACAAGGCACCACCGCUAACAUAACUAUAUCCGUGCGAAAGCAAAACGGAAUAGUGCCCAGUUUUGUCGAUCCAAGCAAAAGAGACAUAUCCGUAAUAAGACAACAAUUUUAUGACGAAAAGCUGGAAAGCACCAAAAGCAACACUCGAAAAUCGCGGCUUGUUCAUCAAUUAAACGACAAUGGUGACGUUACUCUUGCUUUGGAUAUCGAUGAACACGAGUCAAAAUUUUCGUUAUUGGUAGAAUAUGCGUCACAAACAACGAAUCUGGGAAUAUUUUCAACAUUUGCCAAAUUUGAAAUCACUCCUAACAGUGCACAAGUUGGAAACAAUUUGACAGAUGAACUACGCCUAGAAACAUCGGACAUGAAGAAAAAAUACAACAUCAACAAACCAGUUGAAAUGGAGGUCAUUAUAGAUUAUCCGAUUCCAUCCUACACGUACGUGGUUGUCUCCAGAGGAAAGAUUCUUGAAUCAAAAACCAUUUCACCGAUAUUCGACAAUUCCUAUCAGUCUGUGUACGUGCACCGUUUCUUUUUCGUUCCACAUCUUGGCUAUGCACCCAAAGCGACAGUAACUGUUUAUUGUGUCCGAGAUGGAUUAGUUAUGGCCAGCAGUUUUACGAUAGAACUGUACGAUGAUUUCGAGAAUUUCAUCAAUUUAGAUUUUAGUCAAGAUAUGGCCAAGCCGGGCGAUAUUGUGGAGAUCGAAGUCAAGAGCAAACCAAAUUCAUUCAUUGGAUUGCUUGGAAUUGAUAGAAGUGCGUUGAUUAUGCGUGGUGGUAAUGAUCUUUCUCAUGACGAGAUUCGGACUUCUCUUGCAAUGGCUAAUCUAGCUCAUCACAGCUAUAAAGAUUCGUCGGAGUUUUCGAAUGCCGGACUGAUCUGCUUCUCAAAUGCAAAACGUUUUAUACCACAUGGACCAACAUUACAUUUAGUUUUUCGAUUGAGAGGAGGUGGAGAAGGACCCCCGAAGCCAAAAGUUCGAAAGCAUUUUCCAGAAACUUGGAUUUGGGACACGAUCGAUGGCAAAAAUUUCAAUGGUUCACUAAGCAUGAAGAAAACGGUACCCCAUUCGCUGACAACUUGGAUUUUGACUGGAUUCUCGAUUGAUCCCGUUAAUGGUUUGGCUUUUAUUAAAGCGCCUGUGAAAUUGUGUGUGCAGCAACCGUUUCAUAUAUCUCUGAAUUUGCCGUAUUCUGUGAAGCGCGGCGAAGUUGUGACCAUUCCAUGUUCAGUGUUCAACUAUUUGCCAAAUGAUAUCGAAGCCGAAGUAACGCUUGAAAACGAGAAUAACGAGUUUGAAUUUGCCGAUUCAGCAACAACGGAGAAGUCAACGUCCCAAAUGAUGAGACUUCAAUUCCGCCGAAAGAAUUUGUUAAUCCGUUCCCAAAACGCUCAUAAUGCCGUCUUCACCAUUCGCCCAACCAGAGUUGGUUCAAUUUCCCUGAAAGUAUCAGCAGUGUCAUCAGUUGCCAGUGACUGUAUUGUCAAAGCAUUGAAUGUCGAAUGUGAAGGAGUUCCACAAUUCAUGAACAAAGCCGUUUACAUUGAUCUGCGUGAAAAAUCUCGAAUUGAUCCAAUUGAUUUGGCCAUCGAAUUUCCUGAGAUCGCUUUGCCAGACUCGCAGCGCAUUGAAAUUACGUGUGUCGGAGAUUUGCUCAGUGGAACCAUUGAAAAUCUACAGCAACUCAUUCGGCUGCCAUGCGGCUGCGGCGAACAGAACAUGCUCAAUUUCGUUCCAAACAUUGUUGUUCUGAAUUAUCUGAAAAACACGCAACAGUUGACCGGUAAAAUUGAAGCAAAGGCCAAGAAAUACAUGGAAAUCGGUUACCAACGGGAAUUGAUAUACAAACACAAAGAUGGAUCAUUCAGCGCUUUCGGAGAGUAUGAUAAAAGAGGCAGCACCUGGUUAACAGCGUUUGUAGCAAGAUCAUUUCAACAAGCAUCGGAACACAUUCUGAUCGACAACAGCAUAAUCGACCAGGCCCUCAAAUGGCUGAGUAGAAUGCAAUCAUCAAAUGGAAGUUUCGUGGAAAGGGGAAGCAUUUUCGACAAAGAGAUGCAAAGUGGCGCAUCCAAUGGGAUCGCAUUGACAGCAUAUGUUUUGACUGCUUUUUUGGUGAACAAAGAAUCAACUACUACAUACAAAACAACGAUCGAAAAAGCCAUCGCAAAUAUCGUCAAAUUCGUCAACAGUUGCAAUGAUGUGUAUGCAUUGGCCGUUUGUGCAUACGCCUUACAAUUGGCUAAUCAUAGUUCCAAGAGAGUUGCAAUAAAUCGUUUGAUGAAAUUGGCAAAAUCAAAUGCUAAUUACAAAUGGUGGGACAAAUCAAUUAAAGUUGAAGGCUAUCGGUGCAAGGAAUCGAAGACGAUCAAUGUCGAGGUGACAGCAUAUGCUCUACUUACUUUGAUGCAAAAUUCUGAAAAUGAUUCUGAAUUGGUGCCCAUCUUGAAAUGGCUCUUAAACCAACGCAAUGACAGAGGUGGAUUUGAAGGAACUCAAGACACAAUUGUGGGCAUCGAGGCACUCGCCAAUUUUGCAACCAAAAUUGUUACGAAGGAAAAUUCGGUGAAUAUCAGUGUCACAACAUCAAACGACACGAAGAUUAAUUUUGAUGUCAACAAGGACAAUUCAUUGGUGCUCCAAUCACAAAAGUUGACACCAGACGUCAAAUCGGUUCGUGUAAAUGCGACUGGCAAAGGAUUUUCUUUGCUUGAGCUGGCCUAUCGUUACAACAUUAACGCACCAGACGCUCAAUCAGCAUUUUCACUGAAAUCAAAUGCGAAGCUGGUUGAUGGUUAUAUGACUCUUGUGAUAACAUCAAGCUAUCAGCCGCCGGAAGGCAAGGACUCACACAAGCAAUCGAACAUGGUUAUUCUGGAAAUUGCAUUACCCAGUGGAUUCGUUCUGAAUACUGAUGUUUUGAAUCGACUUAAGGCCACAGUACCGACCAUCAAGCUCAUCGAAACAAAGAAUAGUGACACAGUGGCCAUAAUUUACUUUGAUUAUCUGACUUCGGAUGACAUUACUUUGAAAGUUGUUGGGUUCCGUGAAUACAUUGUCGAUGAACAAAAGCCGACACCCAUCAUCAUCUACGACUACUACGAUAACGCUCUCAGUGCGCGUGAGUUCUACUCACUUUGAAGUGGAACAUCGUACUCAAAACACAGAUGAUUGAAUCACUUCAAAUAGACUUAAACCUAAGAUACGUUACAACAAUGCAAUGCGACGAAUAGCAAGCUAUUUUCAAAUAACCAAACUGAAUAAUAAGCAAAAUAGGAGUUACUUAUUUUGCAAAAUUAUAUCAUGAAUAAACGAAAUAUUCAGCAAUAAAA